CCUCAGUCGUGGUCUUGAUCUCGAGCAAUAGCACACAAGCCGUCAUGGCCGAUCAAAGCACAUUCCGAGCUUCGUGCCACUGCAAGGCUUCACAGCUGUCUUUCACAGUUUUGACGAGUUCGCUGCCGAUACCCGCGUACUUCUGCCACUGCAGCAUCUGCCGCCGCACUCAUGGAACACUUUGUACUAUCCAUGCUCAGAUCCCACCUCCGAAACUUGAUCUGAGAACAUUCACGGCCUACAAAUCCUCGCCAACAGUGCAGAAACUGUUUUGCUCGACAUGCGGCGCUCACAUGCUCGACAGUGCGCACGAGGAUGAUGGUGACACAUGGUUCGUUGAGACCAGCAUGGUGGAGACCGACGAGAAAACCUGGAACUUCGGCUCGCAUUACUUCUUAAAGAGCACCAAGGAUGGAGGGCUGAGUGGGUGGCUCCCAGAUAUCGGAGGAAAGGAAUUGAAGAAAUGGAAGGUAGGAUCUACGAGCGAGGCCGACUCGUUCAUUCAGCCUCGUCGGAGCAAAGCGCAUCCCUCAAGAGAUGGAAAGAAGCUGAAAGCACACUGCCACUGCGGUGGUGUUGAGUUCUAUAUCUCACCACCCCGUAACGCCGAAGUACACCACGGCUCACCUGAGAGCAUGACGCCCAAGGACAAGACGAAAUGGUAUGCCCUUGUCGACGCGUGUAACUCUUGCCGACUAGUCUCGGGCUGUGCAGUCAUAGGAUGGGCCUUCCCAGAAGCCACGCAUAUCACGCUGGUGGAUGGCUCGCCGUACAAGCCGAUAUUCGGCACACUCAAAGCAUACAAGAGCUCAGAGAAAGUCGAUCGUACCUUUUGUGGUACCUGUGGCGCUGUGGUAACGUACACAUGCGACGAACGACCGGAUUACGUGGAUGUGGCCGUUGGAUUGUUGGACGCAGAAAGUGGGGUCAGGGCAGAAGAGUGGUUGGAGUGGAGGACACAUAGAAUGUCUUAUGAAGAGGACUGCAUCUGGAAGCUCUUUAGAGAAAGCAUCAAGAAGGGCUUGCAGUCCCACGGAGCGGGCGUGGAGUAGAAGAUGGUGUUCGGGAAUGGCUUAUUGCUGCCCCACCCCCGCCAUUCCGGAACUUUUUAGCGUUGCCGA